GACUAUUUUUUUUCUCAGAAGAUCAUGUACACAGAACUGGACAGUUACGCCCCUUCUGGAUCCACGUACGAUGAUUUCUACUGCGGGUCAGAGGACAGACGGUCUGACCUCUCAAGGUCACCGCUUGGCGUCAAUAUCAACGCCUAUCCUAUGACCACCAUAGAAUUUGAACCGAUUCCAAAUGUCUUCUCGUUUCCGCCUUGUACACCUACAAUCAAGGAAUUUUCUGUUUUCAAAGACAAGUCCCAAGAUAUCGCAGAUGCUCUCUUGUCCCUAAAAAAUGCGGUGGUCCGGCCAGGCUACAGUGGUCAGUUAUCACCGAUAUCCUCUACAAUGCACCUCGGACACGGGGGUGGGGCCACUCCAAGCCAGCCCACAGUGACCUAUCACAACAGCUCCUUUCAUCCGGGGACCUACCCUCAACAAAACCCAAACCAGUUCACGGUACAACAGUACCCAGGAAACGACCCCCAGCAGAAUAACGUGUUUCCAUCUAUGAGUGUUAAUGUCAGUAUGAGUAUGAAUGUCGGGGUCCCCCACAACAUGGGCGGUAACCAGUAUUCUGUUCAGCAAUGGUCGAGUAACCCUCAACCUAGAUCCGCCACCCCACCGCCUUCCUAUCAGUACAACCAGUACAGUUUCCCGCCAGUUUCGCCACAAUACAACACUUCGUCUGUUCCGCAGUAUCCAGCGUCCUACUCCAUCACGCACGAAAUGAGACCAUUUUCGACUGCGGACAGCCGGAAUUUUAUCUACCGACCUACAGAAAACUACAAGGAGGCAGCUCGCCUCUGUGCCGUUUCACAGUGGAAACGAAGUAAAUUUCUUGGGAACCGUCAUAGCACCAGCAUACAAUGUGAAUCCAAUAAGGUUAAUCUUUGCCGAAUUUGUGGCAAGACAUAUGCUCGACCAAGUACUUUGAAAACCCAUCUAAGAACACAUUCCGGGGAGAAACCGUAUAAAUGUUCUACUUGUAGUAAAUCAUUCUCACAAGCGGCAAAUCUCACGGCGCAUACUCGGACACAUAGUGGGGAAAAGCCCUUUCACUGUCCAAUGUGUGACAGGAGAUUCUCGCAAAGUUCUUCCGUGACAACGCACAUGCGCACUCACAGCGGAGAACGUCCUUACAGAUGCAGGCUUUGCAAAAAGGCUUUUUCCGACAGUUCCACUUUAACAAAGCAUCUGAGAAUCCAUUCUGGAGAGAAACCUUAUCAGUGUAAAUUGUGUCUGCUUAGAUUUUCACAGUCCGGAAACUUAAACCGGCACAUGCGCGUUCACACAACAAGCGUGUGAAAAUGGUAAACUUUUACCUGUAUUUGAGUUCAAUAAAGUAUUUAAAAUGUUGUAGUUUAUCAUAACUAAAUCAAAAAUUAAAACACAAGAAGAAGACACCCAUUCGUUAUUAUCGUUUUUAUU